UUCUGACAGUUACGUAUGGAUGCGCCUGGACUGGAAAACACCACAGGCUGGUGCCAUUGAGCUGACGCUCAAACCUGCGUCUCACAGUCCAGACAGAGCAGCCGCCUGAGUUAAUCAUCCAGGAAUUUAGGUCACGGCUGGGAGCGGCAACAUGGGGAGUGUGGCUGUGGAGUCACAGCUGAUAAGUGGGGCACAGGUUUGGAGGAAGAGGGGUACCACUUGUCCUCACCCGCAGGGCGUUGGCUUUUUGUGUUACUUGUGUUACUUGUGUUACUUGUGUUACUUGGCUGCUGCAGGGGAAUGAAAUCAAGGGGCUGGUCCAAUCCAAGAGGUUUGAAGUGGGUUUUUAGGUUCCCCUGGAAGCACUGGCAGUUGGGGAGGUGUCAGUUCCAGAGCCAAGUUGAUCUCCUGGCUGGGCACCUAUAAAAUCCCAGGGUGCCAGGCUCUUUGGCAAACAACUGAUACCCAGGCUGCUACAUUCCUGCGCCCAUUACCUGCUGCACCUCCCUGACUCUCUCCCUCUUCCUCUUUGUGGUUGGGCGCAGGUGAGCGCUGUGUAUGUGACAGUUGCAGGUGGCCCCACUGUAUCAGGAACGAGUCAGACCAGGCGAGCCGGCAGGAGGGUGCGGGGCAGGAGGAGUGGCUGAGCCUGUAACUCUAACACAUUCCUUUUGUGGACAUUUGUCACUUCCUUGUAGAUCUGUCAGGACUUGUCAUUUCUCUGCUCCCCACUCAGCUCUGACACCCCCACUCCCACCUCCACUGCCAUGAGCCACCUGGCCAAUAACCUGAGGGCUUUCCUGGCCAGGGUGCAGUCUCUAAAGUGCAGGGGGGACGGCGAUCCCCUAGGGACGGAAUUCCAGGAGAUCAGGACGCAAGCGGCUGCCUUCCGAAAUGAUUAUACCACUGAGGUGGGAGCAAGUCAGGAGAACCUGAAAAAGAACCGCUACAAAGACAUCUUGCCUUAUGACCAGACUCGAGUCCAAGUUUCUUUCCUGGAUGAAGAAGAAGGCUCCGAUUAUAUCAAUGCCAGCUUUAUUAAGGGUUUGGAUAUCAGUCGGCGCUACAUUGCCACCCAGGGGCCACUCAGUCACACCAUACAGGACUUCUGGAGAAUGAUCUGGCAGUAUGAGGUCAAGGUCAUUGUGAUGGCAUGCAGAGAGGUGGAGCAUGGAAAGAGAAAAUGUGAACGUUAUUGGCCCCUGGAUGAUGCCGCUGCACCCGCCCAGUUUGGCCCAUUCACCAUCAGCAAGGUGGAGAAAAACCGAGUAAAUGCAGAGGUCAUCUACCGCAAACUCAGGAUCACCUUCAAGGAGGUGUCCAGAGACAUCAGCCAUUUUCAGUACGUCGCAUGGCCGGACCAUGGGAUCCCUGACUCUUACUCCUGUUUUCUGGAGAUGAUCCAGCUGGUGCCCAAGUACCAACAAGAGAGCCGUGUGCCCCUGUGUGUGCAUUGCAGUGCAGGGUGCGGCCGAACGGGUGUCAUCUGUAUGGUGGAGUAUAUCCAGAGCCUCCUGCACCUGCAGAGGGUUCCACCUGAUUUCAGUAUAUUUAAUGCUGUGCUGAAUAUGAGGCGCCAGAGACCCUCAGCCAUCCAGACCCGGGAGCAGUAUGAAUUCCUGUACCACGCAGUCACCGAGAUGUUUGAGAAGGAGCUGCAGAGCAGUCUGGUCUAUGAGAGUCUCAAGGAGGAUAAAAGUCCUCUGUACGACGAUGCCACAUCACUACUGAGGACCAACCAGACACUCCCCCUGCAGAGGAAGAAGCCCCCGGCACGACCAUCUAUCCCUGCUGAGUACCUACCCCCGUGUGCACCGGAGCAGAGGCCAGGACCAAACAUGAGUGCCAAUGAGACAUACGCUGUUGUGCAAAAGAAGAGACCAUCAGCGCCAGUUCCAUCCUCUGUGCCAGAUCCACGACCUCAGACAGUGGAAUAUGUUAACGUGCCCACUCAUGUGCCCACGCCUCAGAAUCAGCUGUACAGCACCGUCACACCCAAGUCCAACAGGCCAAGCUCAGCAAAUAUGCCCACAGGGAGCCUGUCUUCCUCCUACACUCUCGCUGGCCUCCCAAGCCCUGUGGAAGUGGCCCCAGUGGAGUAUGCCCAGGUUUCCAUGCCCAGGACAGUGGAUUCUAACUCCGGCUCCAGCAGCAACGCAGCCAAGAGUGGGGGUAAAUGGUGGCAACUCCCAACCAGUGCGUUUCCUGGCUCCUCCAGCAGAAACGCUUCUUCUCGGGAUCAGUACGAGGAUGUGUCGGAGCAAGUGCAGGGGCAGCCGGCAGCAACGGGCCUGGGAUUCAACUGCCGCAUUGGGAAACCCAAGGGGCCACGGGACCCUCCUGCUGAAUGGAGCCGCUAGAGGCCAAGGGGGCGACGAGCUGGAUUUCUGCUGACAUUCUCCAAGUAAAGGUUUCUCUAUGUUCUACUGACUGAAACCACAACUAAUUCUACAUUCAUUUUUAUUGUAAUAGAUUGUGCCCCCCCCCCUCCCAUGAAUUAAUAAGGUUUGCAAAGCCCCUGUACAAAACAACUGACAAAACAUGGGGGCCUGGUGCCCCUUCAUUGGACAAAACACUUGCAAUAACCCUAAUGUAAUAACUUUGCUAAACAGCGAUAUUUGGGCAAGAAAGGAAUUUGUGAGCCCAGUCGCGAGCCCCAUUGUGAUAAAACGAGCACCCCCUCAAUAUAAAGUAA